UGUGGCAAGGAUCACGAUCCCGAAAGAGUGUGUGGGUGCACACACAACCACAUCGCACAAAAAGCGGCUUCCCACCGCUCAGAGGAGCGAGUAGUCGUUGUGUAGGACGUCUCCCGCAAGAGAAGACCGCAAGUACACGGCUCCCAGCGGCGUAGACACUGAGCUAGAUCGGCAAAAAGUGAAAGUAUUUUACUCCGGUGCGUGCGAGCGACCAAAGAGAGAUGAGUGACAAGGCGGUUGACGGAUCCGGGGCCGGGGAGGACAAGAAGACGUCGGUCAUGGAAGACCCCAUGGCCAACAAGCAAAUGGACGCCCUGUUUGCAGUCAUUCAAAACAACCCAGACUCCGCGGGCGGCGGAGGGACGGGAGGCAGCACCCAGAAGGCUCCAGGCCAGAAGAAGUGGAAAGAGCGGGAGCUGCCGCCAUCGUUCUUCGACGCCGGCUCCGGCACGGGAAUUAACUCCCCCGACAAGUUCUCCGACUCGAUGAAACAGCAGAAACCGUUCCCGAGGCUGCUGGGCCCGUCCAUAAACCUGGGUCCGCCGCUGAUGUCGCACGCUCACAUGCGCUCGGCCUCCAUGCCUGCGACGCUCGAGUCCCUGAACCACGUCCCUCUUCCGCCAGGCUGGGAGGCUUCCAAGACGCCAGACGGUCUCACCUACUACAUAGACCACAACCAACGAACCACGACAUGGGAGGACCCUCGCAAGAUGAUGCACGGAGUUCCCGGCCAUCCACAUAUCCCCUCGUCAAUGCAGAUCCCGAUGCACCAACAGCAGCCCAUGAUGCCCCAGUUUCCCUCCGGCCCGCCUCCCCCUGCCCCCCAUCUUCCCCACCAUCACCGAAUGCCCCCCUAUCAACACGCUGCCGGAGCUCACCUCGACGCUCCACUCCCAAACGGCUGGGAGAAAUCGUUCACGCCCGAGGGGGAAGUUUUCUACGUGAACCAUAAGACUCGCACGACAAGCUGGCUGCACCCUGGACACCACUCCCCCCAUCAUCAACAUUCGCAUUCCCUUGUUAAUAUGGCCGCCGGGGGUCACCCCAAUUUCCCCCGUGGCGGGGGCCACUUCCGGCAGAACAGCCCCGGGGGUGUGGGGUUGACCCUUUCCCAACACCUCCAAACGAGUGGGGACCUCCACAAUCGUUCCCCGCAGCAACACCAGCGGUUCCCCUCGGUCCCCGUGGAGCACAUUCCGGUAAUGGGGGGCGACCCGAAACCGGUCCCCACCACAAUGUACGGGGACCCCAUCCUCUCGAGUGAACACGUGCGGUCUUCGUCGCACGAUUCGGGGCUCGGGGGGACCACAAAUUUCCUCUACGCGUCAGAGACCCCCACGAUGGGGGAGUACGACGAAUCAAUGGACACUUCUGGGGCCAUGUCUGGAAUGAAAUUUACCCCCAUGGGUGGAAUAAGGGGUGCCCCUAAUCAUCGCUCGCUGGAAUAUCUCGACAUCGGGACCGGGGAAGUCGAACCCACGUUCCCCGAUCCCAAUGCCACCGCCAUGGAAACAGAACUCCUCCCCGGGCCCCUUUCGGGCGAAGUGUUUAACGAGACGAACAUAGGCCAGUGGGUGUGA